AUAAUGUGGACAGUAUUGUUAAAUUGUUUACAGACAUACCUGUGCCAAUGCAGGAACAUGCUGAUCAUACUUGUUACUAAUGGCCACAAUUAGGGCAAUCGGACGAGAAACUGUUCAUCAAAUAUGUUCUGGACAAGUUAUUCUCGACUUGGCAACAGCUGUGAAAGAAUUGCUUGAAAACAGUGUUGAUGCUGGUGCUGACUCUAUUGAAAUAAAAUUGAAGGAUUAUGGUCGAACUUGUAUUGAAGUGACGGAUAAUGGCAAGGGAGUUGAAGAGAACGAUUACGAAGGUCUUACAUUGAAACAUCACACUUCAAAAUUGCAAAAUUUUUCAGACCUGUUAUCUGUAGAAACUUUUGGUUUUCGUGGUGAAGCAUUGAGCUCAUUAUGUUCUUUGUGCUCAUUAUCUAUCACAACACGAUGCAAGAGUGCCAAAAUUGCUCAUAAACUUGUGUAUAACAAUAAUGGUGGAAUAAUGAAAAAAUCAUGUGUAGCCCGCCAACUGGGAACUACAGUUGUUCUGAAAGACUUGUUUUGUACUUUGCCUGUGCGGCAUAAAGAAUUUGUAAAGAAUAUUAAAAGGGAAUUUUCGAAGCUUAUAAAUUUGCUUAAUGCAUAUUGUUUAAUCUACACCAAUGUACGAAUAUCAUGCAUCAACGAAACAUCAAAGGGUAACCGAAGUGUAAUUUUAAUUACAAGUGGCAAAGGGUCAAUAUUGGACAAUAUUUCGGCACUGUUUGGAAGUAAGCAACACUCUACAUUGUUAGAAUUCAAGCAAAUACCUCCCUCUCCGGAAGUGUGUGGAAAUUAUUUUGUAAACCAUGACAAAGCCAUUGAGUUCUUUAAUCAAUGUAAAGUCAGUGGCUAUAUUUCAUCAUGUGCUAUGAGUUUGGGUCGGAAUGCGAGUGAUAGACAAUAUUAUUCAAUAAACAAAAGGCCAUGUGUAAUACCAAAAAUUAUGAAAGUUGUAAAUGAAGUAUUUCACAUGUUCAAUCGAUAUCAGUAUCCUUUUGUACAACUUGACAUAAGUACUAAAAGUGAUGAAGUUGAUGUUAAUGUUACACCUGACAAGAGAAAAAUUUUUAUACAACAGGAAAAAUAUAUUCUAGCAAUAAUUAAGACGUCCUUACUUGAAUUGUUCAAUGGAAAGGAUCAUGCUAUAGGAGUGACAAAAGCAAUAUCAAAUAAUGCAAACAUACUGGCUCAUACUGUUGAGAAAAAUAUUAGCAUUGAUGAAGCUAUUGAUGAUAUCAAAUCGAAGCCUUAUGAUUUCCAAUUAGUCAAGAGUGAACCUUAUGAGAAAAUACAAAAUUGCAGGAAAAUCAAUGUCAAACGGCCAUUCUUACAUACAUCAACAAAUUAUGAAACUGAUCUCAUACCAUUGUUAUCAAGUAAUAAACGCUUAAAACAAGACCAGAACAGCAAUAAAAAUUAUGAAGAGUCUCAUAAACAUUUUCAAGCUGAUUCUAUACCAACUUAUGCUGAAAAUCGUGAAGUUGAAGAUAAAAUUCCACAGAAAGAGCCAUCUUUCAAAAAAUUUCACACUGCCAUAGAUGAUCCAGCAGAUAAAAGUACAAAAAUACAGUGUCAUUUGAGAUAUUCUUUCGCGGUAAUGUGCAAUAACAUGAAAGCCAAAUUCAUCCAUUUGUCCAGGAGUUCAGAUGAAUCUCGGAAAAAGUUGCAUCCUGUAUUUAAAGCAAAAAUUUCUUCAGAUCAAAACAAAAAAGCAGAAGCUGAAUUGGUAAAAUACUUCAACAAAUCAUCUUUUGAAAAUAUGGAAAUCAUUGGUCAAUUCAAUAUGGGAUUUAUCAUAGGUAAACACAGAAAUGAUUUGUUUAUCAUAGAUCAGCAUGCGGCCGAUGAAAAAUAUAAUUUUGAAGAGUUACAAAGUUCAACAAUUCUUCUGGGACAACCUCUCAUCAUACCUCAGUUAUUAGAAUUAACUGCUGGGGAACAGCUAAUUGUGAUAGAAAAUGCAGAAAUAUUUCAAAAGAAUGGAUUUGUAUUUAAUAUUGCAUCAAACAACGAUACUCAAGAUACAAUGUAUUUAACAAAAGUUCCAAUGAGUCGCAAUUGGACAUUCGGUGCAUCUGAUGUAUCAGAAUUGAUUUUUAUGUUAACUGACACUCCGCACACUAACUGUAGACCAUCACGUGUGCGGCAAAUGUUUGCUUCGAGAGCUUGCAGAAAAUCAAUCAUGGUUGGCACCGCACUCACAGAAAAUCAAAUGAAAGAUGUGGUCAAUCAUAUGGCGAAAAUGAAUCAGCCUUGGAACUGCCCACAUGGAAGGCCAACGAUGAGGCAUUUGACUGAUUUAUCAAUGCUUGUUAAGCCUGGUAACUCUUGAUGGUUCUUCAUUUGUCGAUACACGACUGUCAAAUGUUGAUGAUUGAUAACGAUAGGUAAAUUUGCAUUGUUGACUUUAUUAUUUCAAUACAAUGUUAUUUCGGUCUUGAUCUAUGACACACAAAUUGAACAACACAGAAAAGGGUUACAUGAAAGUUCAAAAAAAUAGUAUAAACCUAGAAAAACCAAGUGCUGUAAUCAGCGCUGCUACCCACGUCCACACUCUGAAAAGCAACAAUCUUAUUGAGGUGAAAAUAAUGAAGUCAUAAACAUGAGAAGAAAAAAGGCCCCCAGACUUGUAGUUUCCAACAAUUUCAUAUAACAUGCCGUUCCGCUGUUUCACGUCCAAUAUCUUUGAAGUGUUGCUAGUUUUGAAUUUAUUACAGUUUAGUAAAGCAGACUAUUUUUGUGAGUUUUCAAUUUCUUCCUAACGCCGCGUUGUUGUUUUCCAACCUGUACAAACGAAUGUCGAUGCUUGGUUGCAGCUUCACACUUACAUGAAAAAAUGCUGCUUUUAAAUAAAACUCAAUUUUGUGGUCAUGAUUAUAUGUAUUUUAAAGUUCGUAAACAUGUAGGCCCAAGUAAUAAAGGCAAAAAGUCGACAGUUCUUCCGAAUAUCCUUUGAAAUGCUGAAAAAGAUCACUCAUGUUCCCUAAACCUUGUACAGCAGAUAAAUGACCUGCAACAUAAACUGCUCGCAAAAUUUCAUCAGGUAGUUUCUAUCGUUACUAAGAAUAAAGGCAGACAAUACGUAACAGAUUCAAACAAUUCAAGACACAAAAUGCACAUGGAGGCACUCGGGGUGAAUUCACUCUUGAGAUAUUUCUCAAACGUCAAAACCUUUUGUGAAUAAUAAAACAGUCUAUUACUCUAUUACUGCAAUAUAUCGUCUUUUAAGAUUCGUGGAACUAAAUUGGAACUAAAUUUUCUCGUCUGAGGUUUUAAACGGCAUUCUAUUCAUGAACUGAUCAUAACUUUUGUCUGCCAUUUUAUUCCAUUUCAAAUUCUAUCAUCUCGGUGCCAUCCCAAACUGCCAUAUAUAUUCGAUAACAAUGUGUGACUAUUAAACUGUU